AUGGCGCGAGCUGCCAUUGGUAAGAUGGCAUGGGAUAAAUACAUUCUGCGUUCAGUGCCAGAGGCACCGCCUGUUCAUCUUCCGCUCUUUCUAUACGGCACAGCAUGGAAGAAAGAACGGACGGCAGAUUUGGUGUACCAAGCACUGAGCGCAGGAUUCAGAGCGGUCGAUACGGCUGCUCAGCCAAAGCAUUACCAGGAGGAUUUGGUAGGAGAAGGUAUUCGCAGAGCGAUCCAUGAUAGACUACUUCGACGGGAGGAAUUAUACAUUCAGACAAAAUUUACGUCCGUUCAAGGGCAGGACCCCAAUAAAAUGCCCUAUAAUCCCAAAACUUCAGUGACAGAACAGGUUCAUGCCUCAGUCAAGUCAUCUCUGCACAAUCUUCGCGCCUCAGAAGCCUCGUCGAGUGCUGAAGAUGCUUACAUUGAUACGGUUGUUCUUCACUCGCCUCUGUCCACAAUGGCUGAGACUAUGGAGGCUUGGCUCACGCUUGAAUCAUACGUGCCUCAUCGCAUCCGCAACCUGGGUAUAUCAAACUGUGCCUUACCAAUCCUGAAGGAACUUUAUGCCCGGGCGACGGUUAAACCCGCGGUGGUCCAGAAUCGCUUCUAUCCAGAUACGCGAUUUGACGUCCCAGUGCGCGCCUUUUGUCGGACCCACGACAUCAUUUACCAAAGUUUUUGGACUCUGACUGCCAACCCGGAACUAGUUCGAUCAGACGCGGUUCAAUCACUAGCGAGUCAAGCAGAGAUUAGUCCUGCAGCAGCAUUAUACUGUCUUGUCCUGGGCCUGGGUAACACAACCGUCCUGAACGGUACGACCAACAGGGCUCGGAUGGGUGCGGAUUUGGCUGAUGUUCGAAAGGUCGAGCAAUUUAGCAAGGACAGUCCCGAUUCAUGGCAGAUGGUACUGGAUCAUUUCAAGAGGCUUAUAGGCGACGAUGUGACACUGUAA